UGCAAUGACCAACAGGUAUAUUUCAGCCGACAAAACAAUGAAGGCUACUCCGUUUAUUAAUUUUACCGAUAAUUGAGAAAAGCAAAUCUUUUUUAUUAUCGUAAAUUGUAGUUUUGAGUAGUACUAUUUAAUGCGCGCGUGUAAUUUUGUCAUUGUAAAUUUGUCCAGUGACACUUUUGCUCCGGUUUCGGUUGAGGCUGUAUCAAGCGGUAUCAAGCGCUUCGCAGCCUCUCGCAUGUGAAGGAAUCACAGAGGAAUAUACAGAUCAUCAAAGAAGGCUGUUCUUCAAAUAACUUUUUUUCGGAUUACAAGGACAACAUGAAAGUCACUGUAACUUUUGGAGCAACUGCAGUGGUCGUUCCGUGUAAAGGAGAAUGGACAGUUCGGGAGUUGAUAGACCAAGCCAACCAGAGGUAUCGAAAGAUUCUGGAACAGAAUGGGGAGGACUUCCUGGUUCGGACCCACCGCAUGGAGUACUGUGACGGGGGCAUCUUGGACCUGGAUGACCUGCUUACUGACCUGGUGGAGGACCGAGACAAGCUGGUGGCAGUGUUCGAAGCACAGGAGCUCCAGAGGGGGGCGACAGUGAGCCCAGCGGGCAGCGGCGGAGGCUCCACGGGACACUCCAGCCCGUACUCCGAUCCUGACCCCUACGAACGCCAGCCCCCCUACUUUCAGCCACCAAGAGGAGGAGAGAUAGAGGUCAACGCCUACACCCUCAAGGCCAACACCCCUCUACUGGUGAGGAGCAGCAGUGACUCUGCCCUGGCCCCGCCACUGGAAAUUGUGACACCUCCCCUUGAAGACCUCAAUGCCAGACCAGCUGAAACGGAUGCCAGCCAUGCACUGACCAACAGAAGAGAACCCAAAGACCGAUUGAGGCUUGACAUCCCCAUUACAGCCAAGAUGAGCCGGGUCACACUCAGCCCCCUGACCGAGACAGUGGAACUCUCUGGAGAACAGGGGCCGCUGGGGAUCCACGUCGUCCCUUACAGCUCCUCACUGAGUGGACGGACCCUGGGCCUGCACAUUAAAGGUAUCGAAGCGAACAGUCGCUCCAAGAGAGAGGGCAUAUUCCGGGAGGAUGAGUGCAUUGUUCAGAUUAACGGCACCGAGCUAAUGGACAAGACAUUUGCCCAGUCACAGGAAGUGUUCCGUCAGGCCAUGUGUUCCCCUCUGGUGCGCCUGGAGAUCCUGCCGCUGGCCAACAAGCAGCGCUACGAGAAACGCCUCAUCGGGCAGCUCUUCACCGACGGUCACGACUCCAUCCCCAAAGCCAAGAGCCCCCUCAUGAUCCACCAAAAAAUGGACGCUAAACCAGAAGUGAAACCAGAAACUGUGAAACCAGAACAGAUCAAUCCCAAACUGGAGCCGAGACGUCCAGACCUUCAUGUCCUCCGCUCCAAGAACYCCGAUCUGCCAGCCUCUCUCACCCCGCUAGGGGAGCACCAGACUGGGCAUGUCCCAGUGGAGAUGCCCUUCAGUGUGUCCCCAGCCCUGGUGGUCAGGGAUCGGGAUGGGGCCUCCCCUACGGCGGUGGGGGGCAGCGAGAGCCCUCUGCCCCGGGGAAAGAGUCCCACUGGGCUCCCUAACCUGGCCAACCUGACCAACCAGAAGGGAGGCCGGAAGCUGAAGAUUGACCUGAAGAAAGGUACCGAGGGGCUAGGUUUCACCGUGGUGACCCGGGACUCGACGGUCCAUGGCCCGGGGCCCAUCCUAAUCAAGAACAUCCUCCCCCGAGGCGCCGCCAUCAAAGAUGGCCGCCUGCAGCCUGGCGACCGCAUCCUGGAGGUGAACGGUGUAGACAUGACUGAUCGAACUCAGGAGGAGCUGGUGGCCAUGCUGCGCAGCACCAAGCAGGGGGACUGUGUCUCUGUGGUGGUGGUCAGACAAGAGGAUCUCUUCCUACCCAGAGAGCUGAAAGGGGAGGAGGCAAGCCCCCUGGUGUUGGAGGAUGGGCGGGAGCAGCUGAUGUUCGAGGUGCCCCUGAACGACACGGGCUCGGCCGGCCUGGGCAUCAGCCUCAAGGGCAACAAGUCCCGGGAGAAGGGYGAGGACCUGGGCAUCUUCAUCAAGUCCAUCAUUCACGGAGGGGCCGCCUACAAGGACGGCCGCCUGCGGGUCAACGACCAGCUGAUUGCGGUGAACGGCGAGGCGCUGCUAGGCCGCUCCAACCACGUCGCCAUGGAGACCCUACGCCACUCCAUGUCCUGGGAGGGCAAUGCCCGCGGCACCAUCCAAUUGGUGCUCCUCCGCCCCGCCCCCUCUGGCUCCGCCCACAACACCAACGYCCAGGAGAGCCAAGAGGCGGCUAGCCACCAGGUCCUAGACGGCCCCUCCGGACCCCCGGCUCUAGCUGCAGCUCUGGAGUCCCACCACCACAGCAACGGUCCCAGCCCCCAGCCGCCCAGCCAGCCGCCCAUGGUCCCCAACAACAUCUACUCCAGCUUUAGAGCUCCUCCCACUAAUGGUGGCCACGCCCAUUACGAGGAAGAGGAGGAGAUGGAAGAGGAUUUCCCCUCGCCGCCUUCGCCUAGCUCCGUGGAGGAGAUGAACGCUAAACUCCAAUACACAACACAACCUCACCGGAGUGAGUGGAACAAGGCCCCCAAAAUUCCUGAGGGUCACCUUCACCCAGACACAAAGACCGCACAGCUACCCGGGCAGACAGACAACCCUCAGACAAGGAACUCUAAGAGCAUGGACCUGGUGGCUGAUGAGAGCAACAUGAGAUCCCUGGCAGAGCAGAGACCAGAGGCCUCAUCCAGGGGGAGUGACCUGGGUCCCACCUUGGGCCUAUGGAAGUCCUGCUCCUUGGAGAGUCUCCAGUCCGCCGUGUCGGAGGCCCGGCAGCUGAGCCAGCAGAGCCAGGUGCCCUUCCACCGCCCCAGGCCCCACAUGGUGCGGGGGAGGGGCUGCAACCAGAGCUUCCGCGCCGCCAUCGACAAGUCCUACGAUGGGCCCUCGGAGCCGGAGGACGAUGACCUGUCAGAGCAGAGCUCAGGMCGAGACACGCCCGUCAGUGGCUCAUCCCGCCAGGACCAGAUUGAAUCAGAGGCAGGGAAGAAGAAGAAGAAGACCAAAGGGAAGAAGAAAGAGAAGAAAAGCAAAGAAAAAGUGAAGAAGAAAACCGAGGAUUCUGAGGACCAGGAGAAAAAGGCCAAGAAGAAAGGAUUUGGGCUCUUAAGGUUUGGCAAGAAAAAGGAGGAGAAGAGCAAGGCGGAGGUGAAGGCUGCCAAGCAGAAGUUGGAGGCUGUGAGCGAGGAGGAGCUGAACAAGAUUGAGGAGGGAGUGAGACACGAGCUCCGAUACAUGGAGGUGCGGGACGGCCACGUGACCCCCGACCCCCUGCCACCCGACUUGGAGGAUGAUGACCAUGACCCCAACUACGCCCGUAUCAACACCUUUCGGGAGCCCCCCAAGGGCCCUUCGCCCUCCUACCUCAGCCGCACCCCUUCUCCUCAGCGAGCCCUCGGGGGACCACCCCCCGGCGGACCCUCACACAGYCGCCAGCCCUCGGCAGAAGACUUWGAGGGGCUCUAUGCCAAGGUAAACAAGCAGAGAGCCCCGUCCUCGACUUCCACGUCGCAGCUUCAGCCCCCUCCGAGCGACAGUGAGCGUGUCCAGAAGCGCAGGAGAGAGCUCCAGCAGGCCCGUGCUGCGCCCGCUUACGAAGAGCUAGAGGCCAUCCGCCGCAGAGCCCUCGACCACGACCCGCCACGARUGGCCGUGAGAGGACCUGAUACCGGCCCGGCACCCCGCUAUGAGGACGUGGAGCGACAGUACGCAGCCCACUCCAGGAGAACGGAUCCGAAUGACUACCCCACCCAGUCUAGGACAGCACCCGGUUACCCCGGCCGAGACAACUACUACCCCCCUAGAGAGGCCCAGCCCCGCCCCUCCAGCCUGCCCCGGGUCAACUCGCCCGCUGGGCCACCRCAGGUGGACCCCAGGUACUACCAAACCUCGCCCCACCGGGCUGCCCAGCGCCAGGAUGUGCCCCCCGCACCAGGCACCCGUGCCCCCCGCUACGAGACAGUGGGCAGGGGCGGUUACCGUGACGCCAGCCCCGGCCGCUUCGCCAGCCCCGAGCGCCACGGCGACGGCUACAGGGACGGYAGGCAGCCRGACCCACGCCAGAAGAACCCCAUGAUCGGAGCGGUGUAGGUGUGAUCGMUAGAUGGACUCAGACUGGGGUUGCAGAAUUCUGGUAACUUUCCCMAAAUUCCRGAUUUCCCAGAAAUCCCAGUUGGAAGAUUCCCAGGUUUCUACCUKAUUUGAUUUGAUUUCUUCUUGAUUCCCUGGAUCUUCCAUCCUGGGAUUUCUGGAAAACCUGGGAAUUUUGGAACGAUUACUGACUACUCCAACCCUAAAUCAGACGCACUCGUUGCUUCUCUACAGCCCCCCCGUCUGAAAACAUCCCCCCUACCUCGUUUGGUGUCUCUGGAUCUGAAUGGGCUUGAGCCAUACUGCUUACACCUAUCCAGGUCUUUGAGAUCCACAAACAUCAAAGCAGUAGGGAAAGGGCUUGCAUCCCAAAUGGCAC